AUGAAGCUCCUGAUUCUCACCUUCCUCCUGACUUGGGCUCUAAAUGCAGCCGCCCACGGCGGAAUCUACACCUACAACAUCUCCUCCGUCAUCUACCAAGGCAACCCCUGGCACAUCCACGACUACGGCCCCUUCUACGGUUCAGGCAACGCCUCCGGUAUCCCCGCCGGCACCCCCUCCAUCCAACGGCGCUGGUACUUCUGGCCGCUCUACAACCUCUCUUCCCCCAACAUGACCUGCAACUUCGACGGCUCCUUCUCCCCCACCACGCCCUCGCUGCACGCGCCCGUCCGCGCCGGCGAGACAAUCACUGCUUCUUACAACGUUGCUAAUUUUAACUUAACAGCGGUGGAGAGGGAUCAAUGGUACCACCAAUACGGCCCCCUGCUCAUCUACAUGGCGCGCUGUCCGGGGCUGUCGUGCGCGGGCUGGAACGGUGAGGGGGAGGUCUGGUUUAAGAUCGCGGAAUUUGGACUCGUGCCCGGAGCGAAGAAUUUGAGAGGGCCGUGGAUGCAGGGGGUUUUGUUGAUGGGGACGAGCAGUCCAGGGGUGGAGGUUCGGGUCCCGGGGGCAUUGAAGACGGGAGCGUAUUUGGUGCGGCAUGAGGUGGUGAAUUUACAGAGUAAUCGGGCGGAUGGGGCGCAGUUUUAUGUGUCGUGUGCGCAAGUUUUUGUGGAAGGAGGGGAAGGGGGGAAAGUUCCGGGAGAGAGGUUUUCGGUUGCUUUUCCGGGGGCGUAUAAGUCGAGUGAUCCUGGGCUCCGGAUUGCGGGGAAUGAGAUUUCGGAUGGGGAGUUGUUAGAGGAGUAUAAUACUACGGAUUAUCAAUUCCCUGGACCGCUGGUUUGGGAUGGUGAGGGUUAG